GAUAGAGAUUAUCUAUAUUAUAAAAAGAUUGAUAUAAAAGACAGAUUUAUGGUUCCAUUGCACAGUAACAAAAUGUUUCGACUAAUAAGUAUUUGUAUAUUUUCAAUAUUGGUUAAUCUUGUGAUUGCUAAAAUACCACCGAGUUUUUCACUAUGGAAAGAACCAGCCAAAAAUGCAGUUUAUUCACGAUCCCUGGGUUCACCGCCUGUACCUGGAAUAGAUACAAUUAAUAUUCCAUACGUACCAAAGCCUUUAUUUUUUCCAAAAUUUGUUGAUCCAAAAGUAAUGAUUGCGCAAAAAACAGAAUUACUGAAGAAUCUUUUUGGUGGGUUAGGUCCAGUAAAUUACCCGAUAACUGAUCCAUCUGAUGAUUCUUUAACUUUUGAAAAAACAAAACCUUUUCUCUAUGCAACAAGUAAUGAAAUAGAACCAUUAGGAGAUACUGGAAAACUCGAAAAUAUUUUAGAAAACGACAAAAAAGAGGCUGACAAUGUUAAAAGAGGUAUUUUUGGAUCUAAAUUUGGAUCAUUUGGACCUGUAAAUUCAAAAUUCUUUCGUUCAUCUCCGAAAUUUCUGUCAGGAUUAAGCUACUCAUAUCCCGAAACAGAAUUCAAUGAUUUUGAUUCUACCAACUCAUUGGCUCGGCAUAAGCGAAGCAUCAUGUCACCAAUGACUAACGUCCCUACUGAUCAAGGAGAAUUUUCUCCGUAUCCAGAAGUUGACCCAAUAUUUCAGUACCCAGAGUACUAUAACUACAGUGCUCCUCAACCGUAUUUUCCAAGUGUAUUGGGACCUUUUGGAUCUUAUCCAGGAUACGGACCGUUCUAUGCAACUCCAAUGAUUGAUCCUGCUAGUAUGUUUACUGCUAAAAAAACAGCAUUUUUAAAUCAAUUUUUUAAAAGUCUUGGCCCAAGUGCUGCAAAUCCUGAAACAGACAUGCCAUAUAAUAAUCCUGAAAGCUUUUGGUCACCAUCAAUAAAUGCAGAAGUGACAACUGAAAUUCCUGUGCCUAAAAGUACUAUUGUUCCUCCGGGUUUUUGGGCCCCGUCUUCAAUUGUUCCAGCUCCUGGAGAAUACACGACAAAGGUAUCUUUUUUUUUAGAUAAAUUAUUCAAAAGUAUUGCAAAUAAGACAGCUGCGAAAGCUGCUGCUUCUAGUAAGAUUUCACCCAGUAUAAUGGCAAGAUCUAUUAAUGAUCUUCUUAACGAUCCUUCAAAUCGUGUUGCUCGGUCUAUUGAUGAUGUCCAGACCUUAUCAAUUGCCAAGGAUGCAAUUGUUGAUUCGAUUAUCGCAGAACUUGGAUCUCUCAAAACAGAUAUGUUGAAUAAUUUUGAUGAUUUUACUAUCGCUCAACAAUUAUCAACGGCUUCAAUAGGAAAAAACAGUGCCAAACCUUUUAAAACAGGAUUUUCAGGAUUAUAUAAAUCCACAUCGACCGAUUUUAGUCUACCAUACAAACAGAAAAUGAUGGUAUUAAGUAAAGUGUUUGAUUCUCUAACUGAACUUCACAAAAAUAUCAGUUCAGCUGUGUCUGAUGCUAUUAAAAGUAAUAUGGAUGAAGAGUCUGAUAAAAGUGAUAAAUACUCUGAGCAAAAGAGUAUGUUUAAUGAAACUUCUGCAGAUACUGUUCAGAACAAAGUGAUGAAAAUGAAUUCACCAAUGGCUUAUCAAGAUCCUUCAUUAUUUUAUCAGGCAUUUUCUCCAAGUUAUCAACAACCAUUCCCCUUUUAUCAACCUCCAACUCCGGUCCAACCUACUGAACCUUUCUGGAUGGCUUUUGUAAAAGCUAAAAGCACAACCCCGAAACCUAAAAAAAUUAAAGGAACUAAAAGAGAGGUUGAAAGUGAUUUUGAAAAUUAUUAUCCAAGUGAAGAUUACGAUAAUGAAGACGAGAAUAAAAGGGAAGAAUAUAAACGAGCCGUGAAGAUGUCUAUGAGACAAGGUUUGCCACCUGGAACAGUUGAAAACAUUCAAGCUGGCGGUGGUUCUAAGUCAGGACAUCAAGGAGGUGGAAUGAAUCUUUUUAACCGACACAAUUAUGAAGAUAACUAUCCAGAUUGGAAAAAGUGGUCUGACUGGGCUGACAAUUAUCACAGUUCAUAUAGAGAUCAUCAACAUAAACAUCAUCACUAG